UACUAAUUGAUUAUUAUUUGUAUUUAUUAAGUCGUAUUCUUUUAGCCAGUGCUAAGCAGCAGUAUUAAAAGAUGGAGUUCGACGUCUUAGAUGACGAGAUAAUGGUAAUUGUAAUAGGAGACGAGUCUGAUAACGAACAAUCCGUGGGAAACUUUCCAAAAACAAAAAUUAAAGACGAACUUUUGGAUGAGACGGACAGUACAUUCUCUAGUCAAGAAAUAAAGCCCCUCAUCAUAAAGGAGGAGGUAUUAGAUGAGGAUAUGGACGAGUCAGUGGAGUAUUUAUACGAAGACCAGCAAGUCUAUGGUGAUUUUGUUCCUGACGACUCCGAUUUGUAUAAAGUUGGUGAGGAUGAUGACUAUGAGCCCGAGGAAGAGCCCCCUGAUGAAGACAUUCCUGAAGAAAAUAUUGAGAGUAGGAAGAGGCGCAGGCAAUUAAAGCCAUGGCAGAGGAAGUCAUUUGUAAAGGAGCUGCGGGAACAGUAUGAAGAGCUGCAAGAUGAUGAGGAGCUCCUGGUGAACUCCCUGGCCGAAAUCAUGAAGAGUAUAAAACCUCCUCCGCUACCCAAAGACCACUACAUGAUGAAUGACAUCUUGUUUGAGUGUGCCGAGUGUCAUGCCAUAAUAGAAACCAUUCCCGCAGCCGGCCGGCACUAUCAAGAGAAACAUGGACCUAGAUACCUAAUCUGCUUCGCCUGCGGAGUCGAUUUCAGAAGCACAACAAACUUAUACAAGCACGAGAAGCGCUGCCUGGCGCCGGACGCGGAGGUGGUGCUGCGGGCGCGCGCGCGCUGCGUCGGCAACAAGGGCCGCGCGCGCCCCUUCCUGCAGCCCCGGGCUCUGCGCCCACCAGGCUACAGGACAACUGAAGGUGGUCAAGUAAAGAUGAGAAUAAGGUUCGCGUGCGAGCAGUGCCCGGCGUCAUUCAACAACAAGCAGGCGCUCGAGUCGCACGUGCACCUACAUAAUGGCGAGCGGCCAUUUAAAUGUUCGGCGUGCCCUUUUGCUUACACCUCACACUCUGCGCUCUCGCGACAUAUGAAGAAACACAGCGACGUCAAAUACGUGUGCGAACACUGCAAUCGCUCUUUCCAAGUGAAGGCUGCCCUCGUCUCACAUUUAGACACACAUCUGCCGUACAGAAAGCACGGGUGUGAAGAGUGCGGAAAGCGGUUUGCUCAGAAAAGUGCCCUGUUGCUACACAUAAACGGAACACAUCGGAAGUUACCACCGCCCUGCGCUUGCCAGAUAUGUCCGAAACGGUAUCGAAGAAUGACGCUUCUAAAGGCUCAUAUGAAGAAAGCACAUGGCCUGCUCUUGAUGACGAGAAAGAUGUUCUUCAAAAAGCUGCCAAUGAUGACCGACACGCAGAUCCAGCAAGCCAAGGUGGUCCUCAAAUCCGACGAGCCGAUCUGCACCGUCGAGAAGGAGGAAAUCCCAGACCCGAACGAGGAAUUCCUCUCUUAUAUAGAACAGUAUUGUGCAGUAGGUGUUGGGAGUGAAGACAUUACGAAAGUUACGGCGAAAGUGGAAAGUUAA